GUUUUCCCCAUCCCCUCCUAUUAUUCUUAUUCUUUUGAGUAUUCAUCAUUGUCAAGCCGCCAAAGUGGAGAGUGUGAUUGCAGAAGGGGGUGCUUCUCGUUUCAGCGAGUUCCUGGGGAAAACCCCAGGGCAAAGCGUUCAGAGAUGGGUUCCUUCACGAAGCACUAGACGAGAUGUCAACUCCAGCAACGAAAAAGAGCGACACGAUGCAAUCUUCAGGAAAGUGAGGGGCAUACUCAACAAACUCACGCCUGAAAAGUUUGACAAGCUAUGCCUUGAGCUCCUGAACGUGGGCGUAGACUCAAAACUCGUCCUUAAAGGAAUCAUCUUGCUGAUUGUAGACAAAGCCCUAGAAGAGCCGAAAUAUAGCUCGCUCUAUGCUCAGCUAUGUCUGCGCUUGGCAGAGGACGCACCAAACUUUGAUGGCCCUUCAUCUGAGAUCCAAACAUCCCAAAAGCAGAGCACAACCUUCAGAAGACUGCUGAUUUCCAAACUUCAAGAUGAAUUUGAAAACCGCGCCAGAAAUGUUGAAAUCUAUGACAAGCAUGACAACCCUCUUACUUCUGAGGAGGAGGAGCAGCGUGCCAUUGCCAAGAUCAAGAUGCUUGGCAACAUUAAAUUCAUCGGGGAACUUGGCAAACUCGACCUCAUCCACGAAUCUAUCCUUCAUAAGUGCAUCAAAACACUUCUGGAAAAGAAGAAGAGAGUCCAGCUCAAGGAUAUGGGGGAGGAUCUGGAGUGCCUCUGUCAGAUAAUGAGAACAGUGGGGCCGAGACUCGACCAUGAGAAAGCAAAGUCUUUAAUGGAUCAGUACUUUGGCCGUAUGCGGUCCUUAAUGAACAACAAGGAGUUGCCUGCUAGGAUCCGCUUCCUGCUGCAAGACACAGUGGAACUGCGAGAAAACAACUGGGUCCCCCGCAAGGCUUUCAUCGACAACGGACCAAAGACGAUUAACCAGAUCCGUCAGGAUGCAGUGAAAGAUUUGGGGGUUUUCAUCCCAGCACCCAUGUCUCAGGGGAUGAGGAUGGACUUCUUCCUGGAAAGCCCCUUCAUGCCCAACAGAGUGAAACUGGACAGGGAGACUCUCGGGGGAUUAGCUGAUAUGUUUGGACAGAUGCCAGGUAGUGGGAUUGGAACUGGCCCGGGGGUUAUUCAGGACAGGUACUCGCCCACUAUGGGACGCCAUCGCACCAACCCGCUCUUCAAUGGCCACAGCGGCCACAUCGCCCCGCCACCGCAGUCUCAGUUCGACAUGGGGCCAAAGUCUUUUGUUAAGUCCAACCAGGUUCAGAAUCAGCACUUCCUCAACCAGAACCAGAACCAUUUGGCCCAGCAGCAGGUCCAGGCCAAAGACAUGCCGCCACGAUUCAGCAAGAAAGGACAGCUCAAUGCAGACGAGGUGGUCCUACAGAUCAGCCUCAGACCUGCUCAGUCAUUCCUCCUCAACAAGAACCAGGUUCCUAAGCUCCAGCCCCAGAUCCCCACCAUGAUGCCCCCCAGUGCCCAGCCCCCUCGCACUCAAACCCCGCCUCUGGGACAGCCUCCACAGCUUGGCCUGAAGAUCAACCCUCCGCCCAUCCAAGAGAAACCGCAGAAGAUGAACAAGAAGCCGCCUCCUGCCAGGGAGGAGCUGCUGAAAAUGACGGAGGCGAUCAUGACUGAGUACUUGAACAGCAAGAACCUGACUGAGGCUGUGAACGGCGUGCGUGAGAUGAAGGCUCCCAAGCACUUCCUGCCAGAGAUGCUGAGUAAGAUCAUUGUGUGUUCCCUGGACCGCCCUGAUGAGGACAAAGAGCACGCCAGUACUCUGAUCCACACGCUGCGCACUGAGGGCCUCAUCUCUGGAGAGAACUUCAUGCAGGCUUUCCUCAACGUCCUGGACCAGUGCCCUAAGAUCGAGCUGGACGUACCCCUGGUGAAGUCCUACCUGGCCCAGUUUGCGGCCCGGGCCAUCAUCGCAGAGCUGGUGAGCGUGGCGGAGCUGGCUCACCCCCUGGAGAACGGCACCCACUUUCCCCUCUUUUUGCUCUGCCUGCAACAGAUGGCCAAGCUGAAGGACCGUGAGUGGCUGACGGACCUCUUCCAGCAGAGCAAAGUCAACAUGCAGAAGAUGCUCCCAGAGAUCGAUCAGAACAAGGACCGCAUGCUGGAGAUCCUGGAGGGGAAGGGCCUGAGCUUCCUGUUCCCGCUGCUGAAGCUGGAGAAGGAGCUGCUGAAGCAGAUUAAGGCAGACCCCUCUCCACAGUCCAUCUACAAGUGGAUCAAAGACAACAUCUCUCCCAAGCUUCACACAGACAAAGGCUUUGUCAACAUCCUCAUGACCAGUUUUCUCCAGUACAUCUCGCAGGAGCUGUGUUUGGCGGAGGUUGACGAGCAGCUGGCGGCCCCCUCCAAAGAGCAGCUGGAGCAGGAGAAGCAGCUGCUGCUGGCCUUCAAGCCCGUCAUGCAGAAAUUCCUGCACGACCAUACCGAGCUGCAGGUCAGCGCCCUGUACGCCCUGCAGGUGCACUGCAACGCCAGCACCUUCCCCAAAGGCAUGCUGCUGCGCUACUUUGUCAACUUUUACGACAUGGAGAUCAUCGAAGAAGAAGCCUUCCUUGCAUGGAAAGAAGACAUUACCCAAGAAUUCCCUGGAAAAGGAAAAGCUUUAUUCCAGGUCAACCAGUGGCUCACCUGGCUGGAGACGGCGGAGGAGGAGGAGUCCGAGGACGAAGCCGAUUGAAAGAGCGAAACAGAAGCAUCAUGUGUAGAUCGACCUCAUCGUUAUUAUUACAGUCGCCUUUCCUUUAUUAAACUCCAUGCUUACUUUAACCACUACCACGUGGCACCCGGCUGCUUCUGGCUUGCACAUCUUAAAGCUCGUACCUGUAGAAAGGCCCUCGCGGUGUUAUCAUGACGAUACGCUCAAGAAGCAUCAUGUGAUCUGUUGCCUGAUGGAUGUUUGAUUCUGGAUCUGUGUCCUGAUCAGCUACAUGAAUUCUGAAGUGGCUCAACCAUGUGUUUUACUUCUUUUUUUUUUCUUUGCUCUGACUGUUGAGUUUGUAACUUUUUUUUUUUUCACAGUUUUGCAUGUUUUACAGUUCCAAUUGAUUUUUACUGAUUUGAACCCCCUCCUGUAGGAAUCAGCUUUCUUUAAGGAUAUAAAGGACUUCCUCGCCCUUCUCUCCCUCUUAAAUUAGUCGUCCUCUUUGCUAACGCUAUCUAAAGACCAUUAACAAAAGGUUUCAUCAGUGACCUGCUUUGUGAUCUUCUGUAAGGGGUCGUCUCUUCACGCUCCUGUCAUCUCUCAUCAACAGCAGAAAUGGUUAAAACCACGCGACACGAGCAGCUCUCUGUCUUUAACUCUGAGAGUGUGACGAUCGGAGGCGGCCCAGCUGAAGUGAGAGCGAAGCAUAAGCUGGCAGACAUUUGAGAAUGAAUUAAGAAUGCAUGUUUUAGUCAGCCUCAAAACAAACCAAACCUGAUUCGAUCAUUUCUCCCCUCUCCUGUUAGCGCUCCAUCUUUGUCGUCUUUUACUUCAUGAGUGGUUGCAAUACUCACCAUCCUCCAAAUGUUACAAGAUUUACAAAAAAAAAAACACAAGUUGUAAUAAUUGAUGUGCCGCUGUAACAUUUCAAAGUUGCCUGUGUUUCUACCUCUUAGUUAGAUGGGCUUUUUGUUUUCGUGUGUGCUGGGGAGAAAGAAGAACCGAAACCUCCAAGCACACACGCACACACACACACACACUGAAGUAUUUGAUUUAGUCCUGGCCUAUAAUUGCACAAUUCAAGUAAUUGAAGCAGACUUUCCCUGCAAAGCUUCACAUGGUUUACAAGUAUUACUGUUGAAGAGUAAGAAAGGAAAAGCUUGUUUUUAAAAUUCUGACAGCUGAGCGUCGAUUGUUAAGAGUCGGGGGUUCAAAGUGGCCUGUUCAUUUAGAAACACAAAAAAUAUGAAACCAGUGAAAAAAUUUUAUGUUUUUCCUAAAUUGGAAAAAUAUGGAAAACCCUGUAGGUUGUAAUCGACCCUUCCUCACUAAAACAAGUCUAAUAGCUGAAUAAUAAUAAUGAGAAACUUUUACCCAAGAACUGUGCUCAGAAGCCGUGUUUAUGUAGAAGAUGAUAGAUUUGGAUCAUAAUGUAUGGAAUUCAAAAUUAUUGUGCACCUCUAUUGCUUUAAUGUCAAUAAAGUCCAGAACAUGAGCACCA